AUGCUACAAUCCUUGCGUUUUCUUUGCUUUUCGUCCCGAAAUUCCGAGCCUCUUGAUUCUACAAAGAAUGCACACGAUAUACCUCGCCUACGGUCGAUCCGAAGGGCAAGUUACUAUGCUCGAGUUCCUCGUCAGGUUUUAGAGAAAACACUUUCUCGAGAGAAUAGUGUAUCUCGGCCGACGCAUACUACCCCUACUACUACUCCUACUGCCGUACCAACCGAUACCACGAGCACGUGCGCUUCAUCUUUCCUAUCUGAUGCACAGUCCCAUAUUACAGCCAGCUCUGCAACCAGUGAGAAUGCCUCCUCAUCAACCGAAGCGCUUGGCAAGUUGCCUGCCACCAUGCCAUCUCUGGAUAGCGGCACACCGUAUCUUUCAAUUAUGCAAACAGAUGGCACCCUAAGACCGCCACCAAUCACAUUUGACGGCUACGGACGAUUUGGGGGCCGGUUUGCACCAGAAUCCCUCAUAGACUUCCUCAACAAUCUGACCUCAUUCUUCGAGGCCACUGUCUCAGACCCCUCCUUCUGGUCCGAGUACGCCACGUACCAGCGGGCCGAACCCACUCCACUGCAGAUCGCAAGCAAGCUCACAUCCUGGGCCGGAGGCGCCACUAUCUGGCUGAAGCGAGAGGACCAGAAUGAAUACGGUAGCCACAAAACGCGCAACAUCCUCGGUCAGCUUCUGCUGGCCCGCCGCAUGGGCUUUACGGAGAUAGUCACGGACUGCGCAGCGGCCAAACAUGGCAAUUUCACCGCGGCGAUGUGCGCGCGCCUGGGUCUGCGUUGCGUCGUUGUCAUGGGAGCAGCUGAUGCAUUGGCACAGGGUGAAGACGUCCUUGAGAUGAAGAUGCUGGGCGCAAAGGUCCUGACCGCACGAGCCCCCUCAGGAAUGGGUUCCCUGCGCGCUGCAAUCACAGAAGCACUCCGCUAUUCCGUCUGCAACUAUGAGUCCACCUAUUACCUGAUGGGAGGUCCAGUGGGGCCAAGCCCCCUGCCGACCCUCACGCGCACGUUCCAGGCUCUCCUUGGCGAGGAGGUUGCGGUCCAGAUGCGCGCUGCGGCCGGUUGUCAGCCAGAUGCUGUCGUCACUGCCGUUGGUAGCGGCACUGGCGCCGUAGGGAUGUUCAGGCCUUUCCUCCAAAGCGCUAAGAUUAGACUGGUUGCUGUUGAAGCCGCUGGGGCGGCCGCCCUAACCGACGGAGACCUUGGUGUGCUCCACGGGGCACGUACUUUGAUGCUUCAGAAUUGGGAUGGACAGAUCCUCGAUUCCAACUCCAUUUCACCUGAUCUCAAUCUUUCCACUGUGGGGCCUGAGGUGGCUCAUUGGAAAGAAUGUGGUCGAGUUGAAAUUAAGGCCGCGACAGAUACGGAUGCCCUGGAUGGGUUCAAAACAAUGCGAUACCACGAGGGUAUCCUGCCUGGCCUGGACUCGAGUCACGCGGUGGGCGGAGCCAUCGAUCUGGCAAAAGAACUUGGACCUGGCAAGAAUCUUGUUCUGUUAGUGACAGGCUGUGAUGCUAUUGGCCUUGGGUUGGAUGUUUGA